AAACUCAGCUAUCAGAAUUCCUUCUCCUAGGGUUCACAGAGGACCCAGCGCUGCAGCCUCUCAUCUUUGGGCUCUUCCUCUCCAUGUACCUGGUCACUGUCCGUGGGGACCUGCUCAUCGUCCUGGCCAUCCUCUCUGACCCACACCUCCACACACCCAUGUACUUCUUCCUCACCAACCUGUCCUUGGUGGAUGCCUGCUUCACCUCCACCAACAUCCCCGAGAUGCUGGUGAACAUCCAGAUACACACUAGAGCCAUUAGCUGUGCUGGCUGCAUCACACAGAUGUUCUUCUUUCUGCUAUGUGGAGGCCUGGAUGGCAUUCUCCUGACUAUGAUGUCCUAUGACCGGUUUGUGGCCAUCUGUCACCCUCUGUACUACCCGGUCAUCAUAACCCCCCUUCUCUGUGUGCAGCUGGUUUUGGUGUGCUGGGUCAUCAGUGUACUGAAUGCCAUGUUACACAUCUUAAAAAUGCUGAGCCUGAACCUCUGCACACACGUGGAUAUCCCCCACUUUUUCUGUGAGUUGAAUCAGGUGGUCCAACUCUCCUGUUCUGACAGGUUUCUUAAUGAUCUCAUGAUUUAUAUUGUAUCUGUGCUGCUGGGAGGAGGUUCCCUGGCUGGAAUCCUGUAUUCCGACUCCAUUAUCGCCAUCUCAUCAGCUCAGGGCAAGUAUAAGGCCUUUUCCACCUGUGCCUCUCACUUCUCUGCCAUCUCCCUAUUUUAUGCCACAAGCAUAGGUGUGUUUCUCAGUGCUAGUGCUGCUGCACAAUCAGUCUCAACUGCAGUAGCCUCUGUGUUGUACACAGUGGUCACACCCAUGCUUAAUGUCUUCAUCUACAACCUGAGAAAUGCAGACAUGAAGAAGGCUCUGACAAGAUUAUUAGCUCAUAAACCACAUUGA